AUGCGAAUCUUUUCUGUACUGAAAGCCUUGACAUGUCAGUGGAACGAGUUUGAACUACAUACCCAUACCCAUAGUGACCGACAACGCGAAAUCCAAAACCCCGAAACGGAGAUAGGAGCAUUUCUCAAAGCGAAUGCACCGGAGGGACCUCGAAAAGCGGUUUUACGAGCAUCAACGUUGCUAUCACACUGGAGUGGACCUAGACUGAAUAACAACGAUCAAGCGAGUGCCGACAUUAGACAUUUCCAAGAUGUUCUACGAAAGUUUCCACCCAGGCCGAAUAAAGAUGCUUAUACGAUAGAGCUCAAAAAUGUAUCUUGUACAGACUGCGAUGCGAUAUUUUCGACAAGGGCCGAACUGGAAAAUCAUCGCUUUACGAAAUUUUGCCCUGGUGCAGCCAUUGUUGUUCAUGUCAUGAUGAGAGAUAAUCUCAUCAAUAAAGGUUACCGAAUUGAGAAAAGACUGGUUCCUCUGGAAGGAUUCCCUCUCAGGGUACCUUGCAAUAAGUGCAAAGACGUGUUUCCGAGUGACGAGGCGAAAGAGGCUCAUGAGAAUUUGCGUAUGUCUACGCGACUCUCAAGAUACGAAUUACGACUACACUAUGACUAUCAUGACGAUAUGGAAUUCCGGCAUGUGCGAAAGGAGGUUAACUCCAGCACUUCCCACCAGCGAGCUUCCAGCCAUCCUCAAGUCACUCAUACAGGUUCGAUGUCUAUUCCAUUAAACCCCACCGAAAACGCUAUGAGGAAGGUGCACAAGCGGAAGUCUCAAAGGCUUCUCGAUGCCUUGUCUACGAAAAAGGCCGGAAAAGGUGAAGAUGGAGAAAUAGUGGCGAUUGCUUUCUCACUUCCUGAGGAUAUGGAAAGAGUCCAUGCUGCAGAUGGUAAACUACAAGAUGUGGAGGCGGGUACUGUUGUGGACUUUCCCAUGGCCCAGUUCACCACUUGGCUGGAUAUGAAAGGCAAUGACGACAAAUGCCUCGAUUCACCAACAUGCAGCGAGAAAGAGAAUUUUGCAGAAAAUCAGCGGUCAUCUCUCGAUGAAGAUAAAACUGCCACUGUUCCACGUCGAAUGUCUCUUCUGAAAUCGGUCCUAGGGUUGAGACUACCAAAAAGGCUGUCCAGAUCAGAUACAUCAUCUAGCCAACCUCGUAAAUUGAGGAAAAAGGAGAAUUCUGUACGGUUCUCAUUUGUGUCAAAGCCCAAGAAAAGUAGAGAGACAUCAAGGAGUGACAGUCGCACGAGCAGCGGGAUUCUGGGAAAAUUAGAGAAGACGGAGAUCGUAUCACCGCGCCUAGAUGAAACUGGCGACAGUGAUAGCAAUCCAUUCAUCCACGUGAGAAUAUCGGCUGAUGGAGCCGUUGUCGAAGACAAGUCUGGACGACGUCGCGUGCUUCAGAUGGAGCAAGUGGCUCACAUCUACUCCGUGGUGUCUGCAAAUAUGUCACUUGCAUCAAUCAUAUCUCAGAUAACCUCAUUACAAAUUCGCGCCGAGACAGAUCUGGAAGGUGGGAAUCCGAGGGACGCUAUUCUCGCAUACAAGGAAAUUCUGGAUAUUCUCCGUAUGUAUCCGACCCUGGAUACAGAUCUUCGCAUCAAAUCCGGUACAUACCACCGUUUGGGGUCUGUCUAUAGUUCUCUCGGAGCGGCUGGGGAGUCGGAGUUUUACUUCCUUAAGGCAUUAGCAAUCUAUAGAAGGAUAUAUGGACGUGAUCAGAGUGUCACCUAUUCUUUACUGAACGACAUUGCCAAACUGUGUGAAAAGGACGGCUAUGCGACGGAGGCGUCGGCUCUCUAUGAAAGAGUGUUGGCUGGUCGAUUGAGGGUACUAGGACACAAUGACCCGGAAACACUGAAUUCCAUGCAGGAGCUAGCAAACAUAAAGAUGAGUCUGGGAGACCUUGAAUCUGCAUUACAGCUCCUUGAAGAAGCUGUCCCGGCAUUUGGAACUGUCCUGGGCUUACAGAAUGAAACCACACUGGUUGCUAUGAACCACCUAUCAAUUCUCUACCAGAAGCUUGGUUUAAACGAAAAUUCACUCGCCAUGUCUCGAAAGAUGCUCCCCCACUGUAAGAAUGUGGUGGGCUAUGAAAGCCCACUGACGCGGGACACACUCAUCAAGUACCUUGAGGAGUCUGAGAACUUUGACUUCCCAGCAGAUGUCAAAUCGAUCCUCGAUCACUACCGACGAACCCGUUCUUCCGAAAGCUUUCGCGUGCUUCAAACGUUAGGACGGGCUUAUAUGGAAGCGGGCCUGAAUCGAGAUGCAUGUGAAAUAUUCCUGUCUCUAUUAGAUGAGACCAGUGGUGGCAAUGAAUUGGACUCGUUGGAGUUUUUUGAUGCGCUAAGUGCAUUGUGCGUGGCUUUGGAGCAUCUGGGACAUUUUGAUGAAGCCAUCAAAAAUUACGGUCAACUUCUGCAAUCGGCGCACAAAACCCCUUUAGGCCAUCCAUCACGGUCUCGUAUGGAUUAUGCUCGGAAUCGGGUGACUGAUUUGAUUCAUCGACGUGAAGUUUUGACUGCCGAGAGACGCGCAUGGGAGAUGUUUGAAGACGGACCUUGUACAUUCUGCCGAUCGACAACGACGUCUUUGUGUAAUACUUGCCACGUCGUCCGUUUCUGCAGCGCUGCUUGUCACGAGAAAGGUCGCUUGCUACAUAAUUUAUCCUGUAUACCGUCAGUGACUCUUCGCGAAUCUAGAUCGGUUGCAAUAACCCCUCGGUGUCCUCCAGCCGUACAAAAUGAUGCGCUCAACAUGAUCCUUCCUACCGAGAGAGGCACUACACCCCCUAGCAUCACAGCUAGUCAUACCGUAUAUCUUGACCCACGGAACUUCACAACUUUCCGCAUGAAAUUGAGUUCACACGUCAAUACGCUCCUACUAUUUUCCCCAGAAGCCGAUAUCAGAUAUACCAUUAUCGGCAAUUUAACGGAGUCUGGCUUCAGUCAAGUCUCUUUACCAGGGACAACAGCCGUCUCCACGUUUGCAGGGAAAAUGCCCGCGGGCAUGAUACCUUCCACGCUCACUGGCCAUCAAUGGCUGACUCCUGCAUUACAAGAAUCGGUAUCUAUCACACCGAUGGAGCAAUCAGCAGCCAUCUAUCUGGUUGUUGCUCCGGGUGAGCAGAUGAUGAAGAAUCUUGUGGAGAAAAGAGUGCGAGCCCGGGGGGGUGGUGGAGAGAAAGAAUAUUUUGAAGCUCUGGACAUCCCAGACUCUAGAUUGAGUGAGUAUGCACAGGGCCUGAUGAUGAAUGGAUAUAUGGGCGAGGCAUUCUUGUAUAUUGUUGGGUGGACAUGA